AUGCAUUGAUAUUUCCUGCUAAAUGCUCACCCCUUCCAGACUAUGUCAUGGACUCCAUGUUUGAGGAUGACAUCAGCAUCCUUACCCAAGAUGCCUUGGUGCAGGAUGAUGAAUGGUUGGACAGUCCGAACACUGACCUCUCCAGUGAGAUGUGUUCUGCCUCUCACUUUGCUUUCAUCACAGCAUAUGAUGACAUCAAGAAUCGCUUGACAGGGUUAGAGCGGGAGAACACUAACCUCAAACGGAAACUAAAGAUGUAUGAGAUCAAGUUUCCAUUGAUCAGUGACUUUGGAGAAGAACAUAUGUUCUCAGCUUAUGAAUCCAAGGAAACUUCUCUUCUAAAGAGCGAGAAAGUCAACCUCCAGCAGCAGUUGAAUCAGUUCCAGCGUGAGCUGCAGAAAAGCAAGGAAAGGGAAGAACAGUUGGAGGAAAUGAUCCAAGCCUAUGAGAAGCUAUGUGUGGAGAAAACAGACCUUGAGUCAGAACUGGGCCAAAUGAGAGCACUUGUUGAUACACAUUUGAAUUGCAUUCGGAGCCUGGAACAGCAGUUAAGGCAAAGAGAUGGCAACACUUUCCAAAAACUCAACUCUCAACUUCAAAAUCAAGAAGUUCAGUUCCGAUCACUUCAUGGCACUCAUGUACUGGAUCGCUCAAUAAACUGGCCGAGUUCACGGAGCCUGGAACAGGCAGAAGCCUUGGAGGUUCAAAGGCUGGAAGUGGAGCUUGAGAAGUCAAGGCAGGAAGUCCAGAACUGUCAGCACCGGGAAGAACAAUUGAAGGCUGAAUGUGAAAGGUUGCAGGCAGAGGUGAAGCAACUGCAGGAGACCAGGGCUCAGGAUCUCGCAGCUAGUCAGUCGCAAAGGGACAUGGCAUGGGUGAAGAAGGUUGGAGAUGACCAAGUAAACCUAGCCUUGGCCUACACAGAACUGACUGAAGAGCUAUGCCGCCUGAGAAAUCUGACUUCUCUUCAAAGUCAGAUUCUCCGGACUCUUAUGCAGGAGCAGGUCCUGAAUGGUGAGUGGAAUUUCGGUCAGCGGCAUUCUCCCCAUUCCCAGCGCCAUUCUCCUGCCCAGCAACGUGGCUCUCCAGCUCCUCAAUGCCCAUCUCCAGCUCAACAAGGGAGACCUUCUGCUCCUCAAAGCCAAUCUCCAGCCCUACAAAGGCGUUCCCCAGGCCCACCUGGUCAGUCCCCUGCACAUCAACGUCAUUCCCCAGCUCCCCCUCCUUGCCAGUCUCCUGUUAGCCAGCGUCGUUCACCAGCUCCACCACCCAACCAGUCUCCUGCCCAGCAGCGCUGCUCACCAGUCCAAAACUGUUCAUCGCCUGCCAUGACUUCACAACAUAGAUCUCCAGGGGCUGACAGAAACAUUAUGGAUCUAGGAUAUUCUAAGCCCUCCAGUCACCACAUCAAAGCAAGCUUCCAAGGCCGUCGAAGCUAUUCGGAGGUGAGCGACGCUGCUCUGUAUCAACAGAACCGUUCUCUCUGGCUGCAGCCAGAAAUAUCCACCUUACCAAAGCAUCGUCCCUACUGCGAGGUUUAUGGCAGAGACACCUUCGAAGAGCACUUGCGCUUUGAGAAGCAGUCCUCGGAUGAAGACGACUGGGCCCUCCCAAGCCCCCCAAGCCCUGAAGUAGGGGGUAUCCGCUGCGCCUCCUUCUGUGCAGGGUUCCCCAUUCCCGACACCUCCAUGCACCGGAUUGAUGCAUCGUAUUCUAGGGCUGAGCAUGCUCAGUCCUGGCCCUCAAUCAAUUUGCUGAUGGAAACAGUCGAUUCUGACAUCCGAAGCUGCCCUCUCUGCCAGGUGGCCUUUCCCAUCGGUUAUCCAGACGAUGCUUUGAUAAAACACAUUGAUUCACACCUGGAGAACAGUAAGAUCUGAGAUCUG